CUUGAACGUGAAAACCUGAAACUGAUCCGCAACCCACUCACAAGUUGAGCAGUCAUAGGAUAGUACCGUACCAUCGCACUAGCGACUAGCCAAGUAAUAAUUGCUUGCACUCUCCUCUCCAGUCCAGACUUGUUUCGUCUUCGAUUCUCUCUCGGAUCGUCUGAGAAAGGUCUUUACUAGGGAGCUUAUACUUUUAUUGCUGAAGAGGAGAUGCAAGGUCAGGAGGGGCAGACAACUGAUGCUGAGAUUGAAAUCUCAGCAUCUGCUCAAGCAUCUGAAGUUGAUGAUUGGACAAAAUUUGGGGAUAAUGAUAUUAUGCAGCAGCAUUCUGUUAUUCGGGCUGAGGAAGCUGAGAAGCUUCCGUUUGUAGGUGAUAAGGAACCUCUGUUAUCGUUGGAGGCUGAAUAUCAAUCAGGAAGUCCAAUUCUAUUGCAGAAGAUAAAGGUUCUGAGUGAACAAUAUAAUUCCAUCAGAAGAACACGUGGGGAUGGAAACUGCUUUUUCCGAAGCUUCAUGUUUGCUUACCUUGAACAUAUUUUGGAAGCACAAGACCAAAAAGAAGUUGAGCGUAUAAAAGUCAAUGUGGAGGAAUGCAGAAAAACACUUCAAAGUCUGGGCUAUGCAGAAUUUACGUUUGAAGAUUUUUUUGCGUUAUUCAUCGAGCAACUUGAUAGUGUUCUUCAAAGCAGCGAAGCUUCCAUAAGCCAUGAUGAACUCCUACAAAGAUGCCGUGACCAAUCAGUCUCUGACUAUAUUGUAAUGUUCUUCAGAUUUGUGACCUCUGGUGAGAUAAAGAAACGCUCAGAGUUUUUUGAGCCGUUUAUACUAGGAUUAUCAAAUGCUUCGGUGGAACAGUUUUGCAAGUCUUCGGUAGAACCAAUGGGUGAAGAGAGUGAUCAUGUGCACAUUACAGCCUUGUCAGAUGCCUUGGGUGUUCCAAUCCGUGUUGUGUAUCUUGAUCGCAGCUCAUGUGAAAACAGUGGGGUUAGUGUAAACCACCAUGACUUCGUUCCUGUCAACCAUGGCAUCCCCAGUGCUGAUAAUGGUGAUUCCAAGACCCAGGCCCCAGCUCCUCCAUUUAUUACCUUGCUAUACCGACCAGGUCAUUAUGACAUUCUGUACCCUAAAUGACAGACACAUGUUAACUAACAUGUGCCCCGGUUGACUGGAUUUUCAUUGCAAUAGAUGUUACUUUGUAGUUUGAUGAUCUGUGAGAACAAUUUGUGAGUUUGAAACCUGGACCAUGUACAUUUCUUGUUAUUUGACUGACUGCUUGUGCCAAUACCUUACAUCAAUAACCACUAACCAUCCAUGUAUCACCCCACCCCAACCAGUUGUAAGUGUAGCUGUAUCUUACUAUCUUCAUACACAUAUUCUGGACAGUAUGACUAUUAUGUUAGGCACUCUAUAAGAGACCCAUUA